GGCACACUUCCACUCUUGCUCUCUCUCUCACACACACAUGCGCGCAUUCAAAGGCAUAUGCGCGAAUGCACUCAACCAGAAUCAUUUUUUUCUCAGACACAGAGCUUUUCUCUUCCUCUGCGACGCUGUGAACAUACCGCUGCUGGAUAUAAUGUGAUCUACUCCAGAGGACACACGCACACACAGAAGAGUACCCGGCAUACAGUUCUUCACUGACCGAAGCGCAAGAUGACUUCGAUAUUAAAUGGGACCACACUAUCUCCAAACCAAAAUUCAACAAUGACCACACCCUCAGAUUCAGAGAAAGAUGAACUAGAAGAGUACCACACAGCCCUCUUGGUCAUCUACACUGUGGUCCUGAUCAGUGGUACAAUUAGCCUUACCCUGAUGAUGCGCAUCAUGAAAUCCACCACAACUUCCACCAUGUCAAUUGCCGUACUCAACCUGAUCUUCACUCACUUCAUCUUCCUGCUAACGGUUCCCUUCAGAAUCUACUAUUAUGCAGCUCGUGAAUGGCAGUUGGGCUAUGAAUGGUGUAAAAUAACCAGCAGCAUGAUCCACAUCCACAUGUACAUGUCUUUUGUCCUGUAUGUGAUUAUCCUCAUCACCCGUCUGUUGACGUUCUACAAGAAAGCUUGCCAGGUGGCGUCCUUUCACAGGAUGCAUGCGAUCCUUAUCAGUUUUCUGGUGUGGAUUAUUGUGCUGAUCACUGUCCCUUGCAUCAUCCAUUUUAAUUAUGGCAAAGACCAUGACAAAAAUGGCACUCAUUGCUUCCAGUUUGGAAAAUCUAUAGAAUCUGUUCUGUUUUUGAACUACCUGGCAAGCAUAUUGAUUAUAGUCAUUGCCAUUGUGUUGACAGCCUUCCAAGCCAAUGUCCUAUGGGUUUUAUACAAGAAGCAUCGGGAGGGAUGCACCUUUCAGCAGGAGUUCGGAGCUCAGCUGAAGAGCCUGUGCUUUGCGUUAAUCAUGGUCAUCUGCUUCAUUCCCUACCACAUUUUUCGACUGUACUACUUAAACAAUAUUGAAUUAGAGGGUACAAAUGAAAUAUUUCUGAGCAUAACCACUUUUAACUGUUUGGACAUGCUUACUUUCCUGGGGAGGAGGUCCUGUAACAUAUGCUUUGUAGGAAAAGCUGCUUAAAAGCUGCUGGUACUGUGUUUGCUUUUAUGCCUGUCAGGGUUCUGGUACAGUUCCAUAAAUUUAAACAAUUUAAUCUUAUUGCUUUUGAAGUGUUUGAAAUAGCAUAAAAAAUUAUUAAAAAACAAAAUGUAUCAUAAAAAUUGCACAUGAAAAAAAAGACUGUGCAGACAACUCAGAAUAACGCAUAAACAGUGGUUCUGAUUAUAAGCUUAGGUUCAACUUUCAGUUUCUAACAAUAAAUAUUGACCUUAGUCAGACAAAACAUUCCCUUAGUGGCUUAUUUGGCUUCGAGUCUUUCAGAUCACUUUACAUUUGAACAUAUUUUAAUAUAUACAGAGUUUCAAAAAAUAAAACUGACAGACCCCUGACAAUGUCCUUAGUUAAGCUUUUGCAGUUUUACAAUUUUUGUACCAUUGACUGACACACACACACACACACACACACACACACACACACACACACACACACACACACACACACACACACACACUUUUCAAGCUGUGCUUUUUUUUAACUAUUACUGUUGUUAUUACUAUAUAUGUGUACUGUGUCACAGCAAGCCGUGUUUUUAUUCAUGAGAACAUUUAAGGACUUUAAAACUGUCUUUUGAUUUUAUUUCCUAAUGCAGGCGCUCUUGCAAGUUGCUGGUUUGUGCUUAUAAUAGAAAGGCUUCAUACUUGGAAUUUAUAAUGUUAGACUAUGAAAUUGGAGGUCCCAGGAUAUUGUUUCUGUAAGUCUGUGUAUAAGGACUCUAAGUGGAAGUGAAUACUUUUUAACUGUAUUUGCACUUAACAGUUAAAUCCUGUGUACAUAGCCGAUGUGAAGAAGAG